ACAAACUCGUUGCUCCACCUGGAGCUACAGGGAGAAACAGAUUUUCUCAAUUCUGUGUCUGUAAAUUUUGGAUUUUGAAAAUUUUAAAUAAUUGGACUUGAUAAAUUCGGUUUUUUUAAUGAAUGGGAAUAAAAAAUCGCGAGAUCCUUCAUCGCUGUGAUAUUAUUCGAGCAGAAUAUAGCGUGAAAAGGUUAAAAAUUCUAUCUCGGGCUUCGUGGUCUCACGGUUGAUUUUGGAGCAGCAGAAUGGCAUCUUCAAGAGUCGUGAAUCAGUUUCUGAAACAAAGGCGCUUAUUAUUAUUUAAUUUACCAACUGCAUCCUCAUGCAGUUUCAGAUCGCCUUUUUCUGUUUCUCAAACUCCUUAUGCCACUGCUCAAAAAGCUCCAGUCAAAUCUGAGCAAUCAGAUUCUGAAAAUAAGGUCCAGGUUGGUUUUGCGGAAACAGUCAAGGAAAAUACGAAGUCUGCUUGGUACUUGAGUAUAAUCGUUGGAGGAGUAGGAAUCACUGGAUUUAUCCUUUUCACGAUAUUUAAAGAAUUAUUCUCAGAAAAAAGUCCGAAUGGUGUCUACAAAAAGGCUUUAGAUCGAUGUUUAAAAGAUUCGAGAAUUUUGGACGCCCUCGGAGAACCUGUGAAAGCUUAUGGGGAAGAAACUCGCCGGGGUCGACGAGGCCACGUCAGACACGACAUUUUCAUUCAGAAUGAAGUUCAGCAUAUAAGAAUGCAAUUUUACAUUCAAGGAAUUCGAAAGAAGGGUGUUGUCCAUGUAGAAGUAUACGAGAACCCGAAGACGGGGAAAUUCGAGUACAAGUACUUAUUCGUAAAAUUAGAGGACAUGCUACGCACCGUCAUCGUUUUAGAAGAUGACAGGAAUUCCACACAAAAUGCAACUCCAUCCAAAGAUGAAUUGCUUCCCCUUAUCUAAAUAUUUGCGUUAUAAAUCUAUAAAUUAGUUUAAAAAGUCGCUCUGGAUUUCAAUCAGUGAAUGGGGUUGUUGCAUAUUUUUAAAGAGAUUUUUUAUAUAUUUUAUUGAAAC